AUGGAGCGGGCCCGUGCCUUUUACCGGGAGGCGCUGGGCAGCCGGGUGGGCGAGCCGGUGGCUCUGCCCGAGCACGGCGUCAGCACGGCCUUCAUGGAGCUGGGCAACACCAAGUUGGAACUGCUGGAGCCACUGGGCGAGCACAGCCCGAUCCUCGGCUUCCUCCGCAAGAACCCUGGCGGCGGCAUCCACCACAUUUGCCUGGAGGUGGACCACAUGGCUACCGUCCUUCAGCAGGUGCGUACCCUGAUGCUGCCUCCUGGUGAGGCCGAGGCCGGGCCCCGGCCCUGGGCCGCCCGCCGCCACCGCACCGUCGGCGGCCUGCAGCCAGUGUGA